AUGGAGGAGCAGAGUCAUCUGAUGCAGACCCUGGGCGGCGUGACCCUCGCCGGACACCCGGUGGCUUUACCGGUGUCUCAUGACGGAACCGACCCGAGAAACAAGCAGGACAUCGGAGACAUUCUGCAUCAGAUCAUGACCAUCACCGACCAGAGCCUGGACGAGGCUCAGGCAAAAAAGCAUGGGCUGAACUGUCACAGAAUGAAACCGGCUCUGUUCACCGUGCUCUGUGAAAUCAAAGAGAAAACAGGUCUCAGUAUCCGAGGCAGUCAGGAUGAAGAUCCUCCGGAUCCUCAGCUCAUGCGUCUGGAUAACAUGCUGCUGGCAGAGGGCGUGUCCGGACCGGAGAAAGGGGGCGGGGCAGCGGUGGUUGCUACGGCAACAGCAGCAGUGGGAGUGGGAUCUGAUAACUCCAUCGAGCACUCGGACUACAGAGCCAAACUCAGCCAGAUCAGACAGAUCUACCACACCGAGCUGGAGAAAUACGAGCAGGCAUGCAAUGAGUUCACUACCCAUGUGAUGAACCUGUUGAGGGAACAGUCUCGCACGCGGCCCAUCUCACCCAAAGAGAUCGAGCGCAUGGUCAACAUCAUCCACCGCAAGUUCAGCUCCAUCCAGAUGCAGCUCAAGCAGAGCACCUGCGAGGCCGUCAUGAUCCUCAGGUCCCGCUUCCUCGACGCCAGGAGGAAAAGGCGCAACUUCAGCAAGCAGGCGACAGAGAUUCUGAACGAGUAUUUCUACUCUCACCUCAGUAACCCGUAUCCCAGCGAGGAGGCCAAAGAGGAGCUGGCCAAGAAGUGUGCCAUCACUGUGUCACAGGGGAAGGGAAGCACCAUCACUGUGUCACAGGUUUCAAACUGGUUUGGUAAUAAACGUAUUCGCUAUAAGAAGAACAUCGGUAAAUUCCAGGAAGAGGCGAACCUGUACGCAGCGAAGACAGCAGUGACGGCGACUCAAGCCGUGGCGGCCGCUGUACACAACAGCCAGACCAACUCGCCCGCAACACCCAGCUCUGGCUUCCAGAUGAAAGAUGAAGACUUUCAGCUGGAUGCGGCAGAAGAUAAAAAUAAUCUGUUAAACAAUAUGUUCACUGGUUCUUCAGGUUUGUAUAGUUUGCCGGGUUCAGGAGACAUGUUUAUGAGCAUGUCUGGUCUGAACGGAUCAUACCAGUCGACCCAGGUCCCCAACGCAGGACAGACACAGGGAGACUCCAUACGUCACGCCAUCGGUCAGUCGUUGGGUUACAGCGACGGUCUGCGGGGAAACCCGCUUUACAGCCCGCAUGGCUUGAACGGUAACGGUGGCUGGCAUGAUGCUGUCACUCCAUCUUCUGUGACGUCUCCUAUAGAGGGAGCAAACAGCGUUCACUCGGACACCUCUAACUGAACUUUAACUAACCCACAGGACAACCUACAGCACCCAAUAAAAUCUGAGAUGAGAACUCGGACAGAUGAGCUGACGAUGAAACAGACUCAAAACAAAACGCUCACUUUGACCAAAACAGCACCAUGUUGCAAAAAUCAACUGAGAGGAUUGAUGCUACCAGCUUUCUUUCCAGAACUGGUGAUACCUCAAUAAACAUGUCCAACAUGGAUGCUUUUGUCAUAAUCUCUGCGAAAAUUUUGGAAUAGGUUUUAAAAUAUAUCAAGAUUUAAAUUUGUAAAAGUGUAACAGUAACUGCACAGUACAGUUUGUUCAUUCUUAAAGCUGAUUUUUCUUGUACAGAUCAACAACAUUGAUUUUUAAAUUGUAUUUUUAACAAUUUAACUUGAUCAUUAAUGUUAUCCAUCAUAAAUAUCACUGGCAUUAUGGUUUUACCAAGACUUUAACAAAUGAUUACAUAUGAAAUCAACACUGCAGUCGUGCAUAUUCAAAUUCAGAUGUGGAUGUCAUAAAGAAAUAGAUUUUUGGCAAUAAUGUUGAAAAUGUGUACUGUAUGAAGUGAUUUUAUAUGCUUCUGUGACAUAAUCAUCAAACAUACUCGUUCUGUACAUAAAAAAGCAUUUUUGAAUGUUAUUCUUUUCUUACUCAACACAUUUGAAUUAUUCAUCCAUGCUCUGCAUGACAGUCUACACUGAUUACUUUGCUUCAAUUUUAUAUUCACCAGUUAAUUUGGGUAGUUUAUAGUUUGCUGUUUUGAGAGGUUGUAAUAUUUAAAGUGUUCUUAUGUAUUAACAUAAUUUAAACUGAGCAGCUCUGUGAAGGAUAAUUCAUGUAAUGUUAUUUGUUUUUGAUAAAGGCAAUACUUGUGUUUCUGGCCCCUCCUAAAAAGUGUUUCAAUAAACAUUUUGAA